GGAAAAUACUUGAUUGUUACAUUUUCUAAAUGAAACUUAUGCUCUAGAUUUAGUUUUUCUUUUCUUUUCCAAUUAAUAUUGAUUAAUUUGUUUAAUUUCCCUUUUAUAUUUGGUUUAUUCUUGUUGUGUAUCAUCAUUUCAUCAAAUUGUUUCCUUGUUUUUUGUUUUGUUUGAAUCUUUGUUUCUUUGGUUAAAAUUACGGGUCAAUAUUUAUGGUUCUAUUUUGGUGUUGACAGAUGUAGAGAUAGAAUCUCAGAUGUAUAAAAUUGUGGGACAAUCUAUUUACUAUAAAUGAUGUGUUUAAUUUGUUCAUUUUUCUUUGAUUUUCUUUCCCCCGGAUGGUUUAAUAAUUAUCAAUAUAAACGGAAAAGAAUAUUCAAUUGUACCAGUUUAUUUAUUAUACUCUUUUUUACUCUGUUCAACACAACUUUGUGCUCAAAUAAUUUCCAUUUUCCAACUGAUAAUCAUAUCACUGAUACCAGUGCCUAUUCAUAUAAUGUUAAUGAUCUAAACGCUGAUAAUAACACUUCAAUAGUUUAUACUCAGAAAACUCCGCCAGUUAGUAAGCCAGUUACUUGCCCACCAAUACCUAAUAUUACACAUGCUAAUAGCGCUGCUGCUUCUUAUGCUAAAUACGCACCAGGAUCAAAGGUUAGCUAUUCCUGUGAAAAUGGUUAUAGACAAACUGGUGAACCCAAUACAAUUCAAUGUUUGGUUCGUUAUGGAGCUAAUUCAUCUCAAGAAGCUUUUUGGACCUACACAUCCAUGAAAUGUCAAGUUGUGAUUUGUGCUGACCCAGGAUAUGUAGAAAACGCCAUAAGAACUGGAUCGGUGUUCACCUACAAUUCCAUGGUUAAUUAUACUUGUAAUAAAGGUUACGAGAUGAAAGGUCCACCAUUCCUAUUAUGCAGUGUAAAUGGUCACUGGAAUAGAGAUCGACCUAAAUGUCAACCCAAAACUUGUCCAGAUUUACCAAAGCCAGCCAAUGGUGUUAUUAUCUACAGUAAUGAACUUCGUUACAAUUCCACUGCUUCGCUUCGCUGUGACUAUGGAUUUCGUGUAAAAAGUCAAUCAGUAUUAACAUGUUCUCAUGAUAAAAAAUGGAUCGGAGAUUUAUCAGAAUGUGUCGAGAUCACUUGUCCUCCAUUCAAACCUCAUUCCGGUGUCUCAAUCCGAGGGAGACUAAAGUCUAAAUUCAAACCUAAUGAAAGAGUUGUGGCUAGUUGUCAUGACAAAACCAUUAAAACUAUUACUUGUACUUCUCAAGGUACUUGGUCUGUGGAUGAUUUCUACUGCCCUGAACCAUUACCCAAACUGUGCCCUAUUGUUACUCCAUUAGAAAAUGGUCGUCACAAUGGAUCUUCCAAAGUUACCGGUUAUCCUGAUGGAACUUUAAUAACCUUCAUGUGUAAUCCAAAUUACUAUCGUGAUGGUGCUCCUUACAUUCGCUGUCGACAUGGUAAUUGGACUUCCCAAAAGCCUCGAUGUGCCUUACACGAGUAUUAUUCAUUAACACGAUCAACAUCCACCUCAUCAUCUAAUCAGCUCACCGUUUUAGGAACUGUACUAUUUGUUGUAUUAUUUUUUAUUCUUCUUGUUUUAUCAAUCAUCUUACACCGUCUUCGCCAGAGGCAUCUCGAGAAACAGUAUUGGAAAAGAUAUUUUGGUAAUCAUACAUAUCGUCAAAGUCGAACCAAUAUAACUGCAACUUGUAACCAAGAAAUGAGAUUUUUCUGCCAAUCAAGGAGCCCAGUUCCUGUUACAGAUCUGUGAAAGAAAAGAAAAAGCUUCCAUAAAGAAAGAAAUCAAGAUUGGUUACCACUGAUUCCAUCCAAUUUACCACCAAAUUACCAAAAAAGUUUCAAUCCAACUAUUCCAACAACAAAAACCAAAAAUUACUUUGACUGUUGAAAAAGUUUUAUUUUCUACUCAACAAAAUCUCUUUUAUUGUUUAUACAUAAUCUUUUUCAUAUUCUUCAUAUUUUCGUCUCUCUCUUCAUCUCUUCCUCUCUUUUUCUAUCUAAAAAAAAAUUUCUCUUUUUUUGCCUUCCUCUGAUUCUCUGUAAUACUUAUAUUACUUCAAAUGGUCUUCACAUCUUUUGCAGCUUAAACUCACUUAAUAGUAAUUAGUCAGAUGAAGAGAAAGGGAGAAAUGAAAACAAAUGUUUUAAUCAACCCACUGAACAAUUUAUCUCAACAAAUCAAAUUGUUUUUUUUAUAAUCUUCAAAAAACAAAAAAAAUAUUGUAUAUAUCAAAUUGUAUUUCAUGAAAAAAGCAAAAACUAUGACAUUUGAAUAACAAAGUACAAGUUUCUUGAUAUUCAAUUGAA